AUGUGGACAAAACGAUUUAUCAGAGCACAUUAACUGCAGAAAACAAUGUGGAUGGCAGAAGAUGUUAGCUGCUCGUGGAUCAACGUUGCGUGGAAGAACGAUGCUAUAAAGGCGUGAUAGGAAAUAGCCUAACGUUGACAAUGAACGCUGCGUUUGAUGUUCUCAGGGAUGAAUCCUGUUGGAGACGAUGCGGACUCUUAUAGCUGAAGUGGAGAGAUACUUCUGCUUAUCCAGGGCAAAUACACACAGCAAUUCAUACAGUAAUACAAGAUCGUGGGAAACACUCCAUAAGCCUGACCUCUUAAAUCAUGCUCUUAUAGUUCCAGCAGAGGACAGCUGUGUUUGUCAUUGACUGAAAGAUGUCCUGUGAUGAAUGACUGCAGUUUACGAACCUUUGCUGUGACUCUUUGAAGUAUGCGCAUACAAUUCCCAUGUGGAGUGUAUUAAUAAGAACAUGUGAAUACUGAAAACAAUACGGAUGAAAGCUCACGGGCCGACUCCACUAUGUUCCAGUGCACGAUGCAUUUUAGCAAUCUGAAAUGCACGAGUUGAAUCUCUUUGAAAUAUAUUUCAAGAUGCGAUUCACUGGGUUCAGAACGCCAAAAUCAUUCAUGGUCUUUGUGAUGAGAAGAUGGAAAAUCUUACUGGUGCUGAAUGUGUUUACGGUGGCCGGCUUCAUUACUUUUUGGGGCAAGUGCAAUUUCCGCACAGCCAAGGCUGUUGGUGAACAACUGGCUGCUGAUGCGAGAGGACAGACGCAACUGAAUAAAUCUGCUCAAGAGACCAGCAUCACUUAUGAUGUGCUCCUACAACGACUGGGAUCACUGGAAGAUGUGGUGUACAGACAACUGAACGGUUUGUCAAAGUCUCUUGGACUCAUCGAGGGUUUUGGUGGUCGUGGUAGAGGAGGGCUGCCAGCAACACUUACACCGGUGGAAGAAAAGGAGGCCAAGUACCUGAGGGAGAAAUACGGCUACAAUGCAUUUCUGAGCAACAAAAUCUCUUUGGAUAGGUCCAUUCCUGACUAUCGGCCCAGCAAAUGCAAAAAGGCCUAUUACCCCCGUGACUUACCACAGAUCUCCAUCAUCUUCAUUUUCGUAAAUGAGGCGUUGUCUGUCAUCCUGCGUUCGGUCCAUUCGGCUGUCAAUCACACUCCAGCCCAUCUCCUAAAAGAGAUCAUCUUGGUGGAUGACAACAGUGAUGAUGAACAACUGAAAGGGCCACUGGAGGAGUAUGUCAACAAGCGCUACCCAGGUCUUAUCAAAAUAGUGCGCAAUCAGAAGAGAGAGGGACUCAUCCGUGCUCGUAUCGAGGGCUGGAAAGUGGCCACUGGAGAGGUGACAGGAUUCUUCGAUGCCCAUGUUGAGUUCACGCCUGCAUGGGCUGAACCGAUUCUGUCUAGAAUUAAGGAGAACCACAAGAGGAUCAUCCUACCAUCCAUAGAUAACAUAAAAGAUGAGACCUUCGAGCUGGAGCGCUAUGAGAACUCCGGCCAUGGUUAUAACUGGGAGCUCUGGUGUAUGUAUAUCAACCCACCUAAACAGUGGUGGGAUGAAGGGGACACCUCUGCCCCCAUCAGGACACCUGCAAUGAUAGGCUGCUCUUUUGUGGUAAACCGGGAAUACUUCGGGGAGUUGGGCCUGCUGGACGCAGGGAUGGACGUGUAUGGAGGCGAGAAUAUAGAGCUGGGAAUCAGGGUUUGGCUGUGUGGAGGAAGCAUGGAAGUCCUGCCCUGUUCCAGGGUGGCCCAUAUUGCGAGGACAAAAAAGCCAUACCACAGUAACAUCGCAUUUCACACUAGACGAAACGCCCUUCGUGUGGCAGAAGUCUGGAUGGACCAAUACAAAUCUAAUGUCUAUUUGGCAUGGAACCUCCCAAUGAAGAACCAUGGUAUUGAUUAUGGUGACAUAUCCCAGAGAGUCGCACUUAGAAAAAGACUCCAGUGCAAAAGCUUUGAGUGGUACCUCGACAAUAUCUACCCAGAGAUGAGGAGAUACAACAACACUCUGUUUUAUGGAGAAAUUCGCAAUACCAAUGUUACCCAUCUGUGUGUGGACCAGGGCAUGAAGGAAAACCAUACAGCAACUCUGCACCCCUGUCAUGGCUGGGGACCUCAGCUGGGUCGCUACACUAAGGAGGGUAAUCUUUUCCUGGGUCCUUUGGGAAGCACCGGUGAAGAUACUCGCUGUGUGGUAGAUGAUAAAAUCAGCAGCUACCCUCAGCUCCUCAACUGUGAGAAAGUCUCCAGUGUACUCCAGAAAACUUGGCACUUUGCACAGAAUGAACCAAUCAUCAAUCAAGCUACAGGACGCUGUCUCGAGAUUGUGCCAGCUAAUAUUUACUUUGGUUACGCUCUGGUCCUGCGCUCUUGUACUGGCCAGAGGUGGACCAUUAAGAAUUUGAUGAAACAACAUCAAGGGCAAUGAGUCGAUGGUAUUUGAUAAGGCUGCCACAAGCGGAAAGUCUCUCUUCAGCCUUCAUAAAGUUGUUAGGAACUUAAAAAUAGAUCCAGUUUGGAGAUCUCCUACAUGUCAAACUUCAGGGGGGUCCGAGGGGGUGCUGACCAGGUUUGGGUUUGCCUCGACAUAGUAUUUAGUCUUACUGCGUUCCAUAUGUAUCAGCCAAUUGCCUCAAAUGAGCAGCCAUUUGACUCAAAUUCUGACUGCUGAAACCAAAAUUAAACAAUUAAAUGUUGUAGAUGACCAAUAAUGAACUACUGUACUGCAAACAUUCAACAUACGCUGUACAUCAAUGUAUACAUUAUUUGAGUCUAUUUUGAAUAAUAUACUCAGUGACCCCCAAAAAACUCUGCCAUCAUUUGUUUGCUAAUGACACUUGAGCUUUUAUAUUUUGUCAUCUAAUGGAAUGACAUUCAGACAGUUUUAAGUGUGACUUAAGUGAGCUACUGUACAGUAUGGAAAUUUAGUAUGCAGGAAAACAAGGUAAUUUGUUUAUAUUGCUCAUAAAUGGUUUUAUGUAGAUAUUAAUUAUAAUAAUAUUGGGUUGUGAUUUCUGUACUUCCAUUUUCUCUCUCUCUCUUGUAGAUUCUCAAUAUCAGAGACUAUGGAUCCCAGUCAUUUUUUUGUUUAAAUAAGUUGUCUGGUCUACAAAUAUGUUAUUUAUUGCAUAUUUGUUUUCUACAGUAACCCAUCAGAAGCAUGACAUUAUAAUAUGUGUGCAGGAAACAAUUUAACAGUAACCAUGGUAACUGUACUAAGCUCUAUGUACUGUUGAAUGGUUACUGUAGUAAUUAUACUGUUACUUUGAACCACAAUCUAAAGCAACACAAGUAGGUUAUGUAGGCGCAGGUACUAUAGGAUAAUGAUUGUCAGGGAUUGUAGAGUUACACGGUGAAUGAGUCAUAAACUGUAGGCUAUUUGUAACUACAGAUUCGAAAGAAAUGGUUUCAUAUCCGAAAGAUUUCAGAAGACAAUUCAAACGUUGCAGAGUGAUGGAAAGGAGUUUUCUCAUACCGUCUUCCAUUUUUAGUAGGAUUGAUUUGAAUAAAAUGGUGAACUGUGGUGUUGCAUUCUAAUGUUCAGUGUCCUAAAUC